AUGUUUCGUAAUCAGUACGAUCAUGAUGUUAGCAUCUGGAGUCCACAGGGUCGUAUUUAUCAAAUUGAAUAUGCUAUGGAAGCAGUAAAACAAGGUGCAGCAACGGUUGCAGUUAAAUCCAAAACACAUGUUGUUUUAUGUGCUUUAAAGAGGGCACCAUCCGAAUUAUCAGCACAUCAAAAGAAAAUCAUGUUUAUUGAUGAUCAUAUUGGAGUAUCAAUAGCUGGAUUAGCGUCUGAUGCACGAAUAUUAUGUCGCUUCAUGCGUACUGAGUGCAUAAAUCAUCAAUAUGCAUUCGAUAAACCAAUGCCCGUAAUGAAGUUAAUGGAUAAUGAAAAGGGUUCUCAUUUAUAUCAGUUGUGUCCAUCGGCAAAUUAUUAUUCAUGUAAAUCAAUGGCCAUUGGUUCACGUUCACAGUCAGCGAGAACGUAUUUGGAAAAGAAUUUAGAUAAAUUUGUCGAUUCAAAUCAAGAUGAAUUAAUUAAACAUUGUAUGCGUGCACUGAGAGAUACAUUACCAAAUGAAGUUGAGCUUACUGUUAAAAAUUGUGCUGUCGCUGUCGUUGGAAAAGAUUGUCCAUUUGAACUUUUGAAAGAUGAUCGCGUUGGAACAUAUUUAACAUCAAUCGAAGGAGAUGAACGUGCUCCACAAGUCGGUCAAGAUGAUACAUUGCCAAGUUAUGACGAGGAUUUGCCGCCUCCACCAGCACCGUCCGGUGAUCCGAGAACGAUUGUGGCCACAGAACAAAUGGAUACCUGA